AUGAUGCAGUUAACCGGUGCGAAUCUCGUAACAUUCGUGACAGCACAUAGGAGAGAAAACAAAGGCACAAAGCCAUUUUUGGCUUUACCUUGUUAAUGAAUCACUUUAACCAUUAACUUAACGACCGCCCAAUCGCUUUUCACCUUCGUCCUGCUUCCAAUUUCCCUUUGCUUUGAACUCGUAAGUCGUGACGACGUCGUUUGGAGCGCCUGCGUAAAGCUACCCGUUCUGUCCGUUCUGUUGUUCUCUAGGCACGAUUACUUCUAAUUGAAGAAUAUGGAGAUGACUUUCAUAUGUACAAGCUUGUAAGACAAGAAAGUGCAACUGAGAUAUGAUAUGCCCUACCACUGAUUGAGUAAGCCUGAAGAUGGCACAUUUGUGGAGCAAGAUUUCGUUAUUAAAGGACAAUUAGGUCUUGCCAUACAAUAGAUUUGACCCAGCAGGCCUGUUUGAAAUUAUUUAACUUACUGCAAUGAAUCCUAGCUUGGUAAAUAAUUCUUCACCGACUCAUCCCAGAUGGAGAAAAGUAGCUUAUGGUGGUAUGCAAGCUGGUUAUGAUGACAAUCAUACAGAUGAAUCUUUCCUUGAAGGAAUGGUCAUGAAUGCCAGUGUUGUAAAACGGGACAUGCUAAAGGUGAUGCUGGACUCGGUUUCCAUUUCUGAAUAUUUAUGUAUUGUUGCUCUUGUUGUCUUGGUCUGGACUUGUACACUUGCAUCAACUAUUGAUGAAAAUUCUCUCCUUCUUAUUGAUGUAGGUCUUCUUGUUUCAGGUUUUUUAAUUCUCCUUUUUACUCAAGAAAUGCUUUCCCUUAGCCUUCUCUUCCAUUAUUUCCUUAAUAUCUCCUUUUUCAUAACUGUGUUAUAUGUUUUGGCUCCCAUCUAUCAAACUCUUACAAGGUCCAUUAGUUCGGAUUCCAUUUGGGCAGUAGCUGCAUCACUUCUCAUACUUCACCUUUUUCUGCAUGACUAUUCAGAAUCCACCGUCAAAGCCCCGGGGGUUCUGAAGAAUCCUGCAUUGACCAGUUGUAUCUCUGUAAAUGCUUCUGUAGUCGCCUCUGUUUUUAUUGCUUCUCGCCUUCCAUCGAGACUACAUGUGUUUGCUAUCAUGUUAUUCUCAUUGCAGGUUUUCCUUUUUGCUCCACUGGUUACUUACUGUAUUAAGAAAUAUUCCUUCCGCUUGCACCUAUGCUUUUCUAUCAGUUUGAUGGCCAUGACCUUAAGUUUUGUGUACACACUGCAUCGCCUACUUUUUGUGCUGCUGCUUAGUUUGUUGGUUUUUGUCAACGUUGUCUGCCCUUAUUGGCUUAUAAGGAUUCAGGAGUACAAGUUUGAGAUCAAUGGACCUUGGGAUGAGGCUAAACUUUGUUUUGAUAUUACAGACUAAAAGUGGAGCAUGGUUGAUGUUAUAGUACCUUGAGAUGUUCAGGUGGGACUUGGGGGUAUAAUUUGCUGACUACUUGGUCUGGUUUAAGUUUAUAGUUUAUGUAAACGCUCAUGCAGUUCAUGUUAGGGGAGGGUACGAAAAUGGUGAUUGUAUUCAUUCUUUAGAAUGGUAACUGAUGUUGGUUUAAACAUUCUUUGGGUACAAUGAAAGUACACUCACAAUUUAGAGUGUCAUUUUUUUUUU